AUGAUGAGUAAGGAAAAUGAGUACAUAAAGAUAAAAGAAAACAUAGUUUUUGUAAAAGACAAGACAGAAAACAAUUGGCGUGUGGUCAUACCAGAGAAAAUCGUACAUAUGUUAACAUCAGAAACCCAUGAAAUAAUGGGACAUGCAGGACGAUAUAAAACAUACUAUGCACUAAAAGGAAUGUGCAUAUUCAAAAAUAUGCACAAAAUCACGGCGGCAGUAAUAAAAAAUUGCGACAGUUGUCAAAGAAGCAAACCCAUCAACUAUCAAGCAAGUGGACCAACAAUAUCUCAGAAACCGAAAACACCGUUUGAAACAGUUUCAAUAGAUUUAAUGGGACCCCUUCCCAUGGGCCGAGGAGGAACUCAAUACAUCCUAGCAAUAUUGGACACAUUCUCCAAAUAUAUUAGAUUAUAUGCAUUAAAAAAAGCAUCGGCAAAAGCAAUACUAAAUAGGAUCGAAGUAGACUAUAUACCAAGAACAGGCAAACCACAGUCAAUAUUGACGGAUAACGGAACACAGUUUACGGGAAAAUUAUGGCAGAAAAAACGGAACGACAUGAAUAUCAAAAUAAAACACUCCACUAAAUAUCACCCUCAAUCGAAUCCAGUUGAGAGAUAUAAUCGAGAAAUAGGAAGACUUUUGAGGACAUACUGCCACAAUCAACAUACCAAGUGGCCAAAUUGUCUAGAGAAAAUUGAAGAGUGGAUGAACAAAGUACGAUCCGAAGUUACGGAAAUGACCCCAUGGGAGAUAAUCAAAGGAGAGACACCGAAACAACCACUAGAGGAUAUGAUCAACUUUCCGAGGCCGAAACAAUCAAAAAAAGAAGACAUAAUACAACUUGUAGCAUCCAGGAUCGAAGAAAAAGCAAGAAAACGAGAAUCAAAAAAGAAAAACCAAAGCAAUAUAAUAUAUGAAAAGGGACAAAGUGUGUUAGUAAGAGACCACCACUUAUCGAAUACAGAUAACAAGGAAAUAAAAAAGUUAUUCCACAUGUACAACGGACCAUUCAUCAUAACCAAAGUCAUAAGUAAAAACACGCUAGCCGUGAAGAACAUACACUCGGGACGGGAAGAACUCAUUAACGUGUCCGAGGUUCGUCCAUACUAUGUUAUGGACAAACACAACAAUUUAUAA